AUGCGGUCGACCUCGUUCACGAUGCAGCUCCCCCACGCGGUGGUGCCGGGUCGCGCUGCGACGUCGUUCACCGCCGGGAGGGCGUCCGCGCCGAGGCUGGCCGGUGUGCCCAGGGCCUCGGCCCAGGAAGGCGUGGUCAGCCGCCACCCCGACGCCAUUCGCCGGAGGAUGGAGGCGGAGAAAAGGGAACGGGAGCGCACACUGCAGAUGGAGGAGACCCAGCGUAGCCUGAGGGGAGAGGCGGGGGCCAUGCCUUCCAACAUGCUCCAGGUGCACCUCCCGGCAGAGCUGGACCUGCGCGUGGAGUCCUUCUCCCGCAACGGACAGCUGGUCGUCGUGCACUACAAGGGAGCCUGGUGCGCCUCCUGCGCGAGGAUGCAGUACAAGCUGAAGAAGCUGGCCAAGCAGAACGCCGACAUCGUUUUCAUUAUCGUGGACUUGACCGACGACGAUCUUCGCCAGCACUGUGAAGCGCGGGGAGUGGACAAGAUCCCGUACUUCCACAUGUACAAGGACAAUGUCCAGGUUUCCAGCUUCACCUGCAACUUGGAGAAGAUCGACAGGCUGAGAUGCGAGCUCCAGCUCCACGGGGGGAAUGGCAGCCCACGGUGGGGGGAACCCCUUGCCAAUGUGGUGCCUGCCCCCUCGCGGGCUGGUUCCUAG